UCAGCUUGGCUUACAGCCCUAUUUCAUUAGGGGAAGAGACUUCUCUCGGGGAAGAAAACAAGAGCAGGAGAGCUGGAAUCAGGCAGCUGUAAAGAAGGAAAGAACGCCACAGUUUCAAUGAGUGGACUGCUUUCCUUGCGAGGAGCAGCAGGAGCUCCAAGUGCUACUUCAUUCCCUGCAUCCAUCUCUACAAAGCCCAGCUGGAGAAGCAGCAGAGCACUCUGUAAGCGACACCAAUCUAAUUAAUUAAUGACUUUCAGCGUCAGCUCUGUGGCUGCUGGGCUAGCAGGAAGGCAGUAACGAAGGGCUGGGACAGCACGCAACGCAUCUGGUAAAUGCUGCAUGCUGCUGACAGCCAGCUCAGUUAUUCAUCACCUCUCCUGCUUUGGGCUACAGCACAGAACAAGUCAGAGAUUAUUCCGGGCAGAGAAGAUGGUGUGGGAUCCACCCUUGCAGCAUCCUCUCUUCUGGAUGAGGUCUUCCUCCCUCUUCUUGUCAUGCUCCAGAGCUGCCGUGGCACAGUUAAUUGAGGCCACCACAGAACCCCCAAAAAAGAAACCGGAUCCUGUCACUUCAGAGACGGUGGUGAUCUGGGGGCUGCGCCUCUGGCAGGUGAUUGGUAUCUUUGCCAUCUUUGUCCUGGCAGUCAUUAUUACCCUGUGCUGUAUCUUCAAGUGCCGGAUUCCCCGGACAAGGAAAGAGAUUGAGGCACGAUAUGCUCAACGACAAGCAGCCAAGACAUAUGCAGACAAACUGGAGACGGUGCCACCACUCAAUGAGCUGACAGAGAUCCCUGGAGCUCAGGUAGCAGAAGAAAAAAAGGAAGAAGUUCCUACUGUCUCUGGAAAAGUGGACAAGGCUCAGGGUAAGAAAGAUGCAUCCAAGAAGAAGGAUGGUGAGAAGGACCAGAAAGACGGAUCCAAGAAAGAAGGGAAGGAUGCCAAGAAAAAAGAUGGAGAAAAAGGAGAAAAAGGAGAAAAAGGAGAAAAGGGAGAAAAGGGAGAAAAAGGCAAUAAUGACAAGAAACAAGGUGGUGGAAAGAAAGGUGAAAAAGAAGGUGAAGCAGCAAAAUCAGAAGGAAGUUCCAAAGCUAAUGGCAAAGCUGGUGGGAAUGCCAAAGCUCCAGCAAAGAAGAAGUGACCCUACUGAGAGACUGCUGGCAGUAUUUCGGGCAGGGCAAUGCUGUAUUUUUGUGGAUGGAGCACUGGGAGCAGAUAGCAUCUGCUGUUCCAGGUACUCAGGGUGUUGAGUGCCAGUAGAUGUACAGAUUGAUUGUAUUUUGAAGACCAACUCGCUAUUUUUUUGUUCUCCAAAGGAAAAUCUGACAAUUUGGCUGGACAGUGGCCUGCAAAAAAUAUGUAUUAUGUGUGUACUACGUGAUAAUAACUGGGACUAAACUACAGCCUGCACUGAGAACCUGGUGUGUGGAUAAGCAUGGAAUCAGAGAUGUGCAUUCCUUAAAUUAAUACAGGACAUUGGCAAUUUGUUAAAAUUUGUUCUUCAUGAAGACUUAGAGGCUUUUGACGGACAUAACUAGCACUCACUGCAUGGAGUUUGUACAUUUUAGGCAUUAAUUAAAUUCUCAAUGCUAAAACCCGAAGAAUGCAGUUUUGUAAGUCAUAGCUCAUGUGGUUCCUGAGAGUUGACUUGGACACAUGGGAGAAAGAUUUCCUUCCUUCACUGAUGCCUCUUUCUCUGAACCAGAAGGAAGUACUUCCUUAGUCACAAAACUGCCUAUUUCCCAGAAGAUGCAUCCUCCUUUUUCUCUUUCCUGAUGAAAGGCACAUAAAUCAAGCUGCAGGAAGAUGUGCAAAGAAUAAAAAGGCAGACUGCAUCAGCAGUGUGUGAGUAGGAGCUGCCCCCUCAAUUUGCUAUCUCUUCCAAGGAGGCUGCAGAUGGUGAUGGCCCUCUGAGAUAAAGGAGAUGUGAAAGCCCAGCACGUUGCAGCAGAACUCAGGAUCUCCAGGGUGUACUCAUAUCUUCUCUCUUCCUGAGCAGAUUUGAAGCCAGGGAUUUUGCUACACUUCCACGUUUCUCUCACCUCCUGGAGAAUUUUCUGGAGUAACUGCAGUGGAUUUUCUCCUUGUGUGUUCUGUGAAUUUCUCAACAAUUUAUGCCUCAAGAUGAACAGCCAUGAUAGCAUGGAGUAUUCAGGUUCACAACUACAAAGCAUUAACAUUAAUGACAGUUUGCAAGCUGUUUUGAUGACUAAAUCUCUCCCCACUGUCUCUGCUGGGCGCAUAUAAACCAGUGAAGUUUUGUCUGCACUGUAGGGCAAGAAGGGAGCCAUCUCUAUGAUCCCUGUGGGUCCCUUCCAACUUGGGACAUUCUAUGAUUCUAUGAUCUCUAUAGGUUGUAAGUCUCAAGCCCCACUGUAGAAUUAGAUCCAGCUGUCAUCAGAGCAAGAAGGCCCACUUCCCUGUUCUGUAGCUCUGAGAAGGAUCAGCUCAGGAUCACCCAGUUGGGGACAUCACCUUGUCUCCUAUUUGUCACUUACAGUGUGUGGGAAGAAUGAAGAGAACACAUUAUAGUUAGUUGCAGACAGUCAGGAAAACAUCUCACCUAACAAAACUUGUCAUAAUACAUGAAGUAACCGUGGAAGGAACUAAAUGUAUAGGUAUGGCCCAAAAAUGAUGUGUGUUUUCUCCAAGCUUGUAUUGAAGUGGCCAGUACAUUACACAUCACAGUGAGUGUAAAAUAACAUUGCUGGAGUGGAGCACAUUGACCAGAAUGAGUGAGAUGACAACUACUUUUCACACCACCAGAUGGAGAAGUUGCACUGGAAAGAACUACAUUCACAGCUUCUGAAGCUUUGCAAAGUGAUUCAUUAAUGACAAAAUUGGAGACACGCUAAUUUCUCUGGAAACGUAAGUGUGACAGCAAAUCCAAAAGCAGGAUUUAAGACUCGAGGCUCAGGCACCCAGGUAUUAAUGAUCACAUCUUCGCUUUCAUUACGUGGUGUGUGCAUUACAUGGGUGGAAUGAAGAAUUGAAGAGAUACCCUGCAGUUAGGGUGACUUGCAGGAUCUCCUGCUCUCCACUAGAGGGGACUUUGUUCUUCCUCUGAAAUAUCUGAGACAACUUUACAGGCAGUUUGUGCCGGAUGGAUUUUGUCUUAUUCGUGGUGUUAAACUGAGCCUGGCUUUUGUUACCACUCUUCUUUGAUCUAAAGAAGACUUUCACAACAUCACUUUCUCUACCUGAGCCAUCUUCUUCUUCCAGUAUUAUUCUUCCUUUUGCUAAUGGAGGUGGCAGUUUGCUUAAAAUCCCACCAAUGAUACAAAAGUCAUCAGGAAAGCAAUUAUUGCCUUCGGGGGAUGAAGGUUGAGCUGGACUGUCCACGGAAGUCUGCAGUAAGAUCAUGAGUUUGGAUGAGGAAUUCAACAGGAGGGGGCUGGGAAACUGGAGUUCUGAAUUCCACCCUGGUUUAUUUUGGAAAAAAAAAGAAAGCCCAUGGAUAAACGGCAGGCAUUGUUGUUGUUUUUUCCAUCAAUUUCCACCACUGUUUUUGCUUUUGAUGUUACUGAUGAAAAGCAAUGUGAAAAAUGAGCAUUGAGGAGAUUGUACAACCACAGUACAUCUAUUACUAGCCAGUUGCAUGAUACCCUUUCAACACAUAGCUUUCUUUGGAGGAUGGAACACCCUGGAGUUAUUAAAGAAGUCCCAGAGACUCUCAAAGAAAAAUAAAUUCUUUUUAUUCUCUUUUUGUGUACUUACUUACACUACGUGACUCUGAACCAACUCUGAUUGGUUUCAUAAAGCAGGUUUAAGUAUUAGCAGUGUCUUGGUUCUGCCCUCUUUGUGCCCAUCUCCCUUUUGAGAUGGAUCAAGGAAGAAAUCUGGAUCACCAAUGCCAUCCUGAUCACUUCAUGAGAACAAAUGAGUGCCAGGGAAGCCUGGCACUGGAGAUUCCUCCUUCCACCAGGUGAUGAGUCCCAAAUCGAACGUAAAGUUCUUUCUCCUUCCAGUGGCCAAAAUGAAUAAACAAGUGAACAAAUGGAUCAACCCCCAAAUACUUCCAGGACUGAAGAUGGAACAUUUCACCCGUAGGUCAUGGUUGAUCUUUA